AUUCACCAGAGAGCUGGAGCCAUGCACGUCAUGCCUUGUUUGGUACUGCUUCUGCGGAUAACUAGGGUGAUGUGGUGCCUUUUUCCUCACUUAUAAAGGUCUUGGCACGCUUGGCGUCUGUCCUUUGGAUCUUGGCUUGUGUAACACGUUAAACUAGAGGCGUAUCUCUAUCGGUACUAUCCAGUCAGAAUGUCCUUGAGUUGAGAGACCCAGAGCUCCUCAGACACAGAAUUAGGCUUGUAGGCCUCGCAUUGUUCGCAUUGUUGUUAGCGCUGAUAACUCAUCUGCCGCAAUAACUCGAUCCCAUAUAACCUUAGCUGCAGGGCAAGUGCCGUUGCUCGAACAGAAUGGUGGAACAACAUCAAGCCGUUCAGCGUAUCAGCGACCGGCUCAUCCGGUUAUGUACUUCAAGUGAGAGUGUCUCAUCUCUCGUCGCUGAGAAUCCAACUCUGGCACCCGGCGAUGCAUGGGAGAUGCUAUACGGUGAACACGCCCUGAAGGUGGCUGUGGAUCAUGGACAUAAGCGUCAGGAUAGUGGUAAAAGCAUCGGAUCAGAUGCAGAAGCCGUUGACGAGCUGGAGAAAGCAGCCAAGUGUGGGAAGUGGGGACCCACCAAGCCGAGCGAGCUGUUUCUGAAGAUAUAUCACGAUGCAUUGUGCACAAUAGACCAGGACCCUUUCCGGGCCAUGGUCAGUCCUUCGCUGAUGGGCGCUUGUGGGACGAUUCCUCUGACCAUCAUCUCUAUUCUGCCCGACAUUGUCCGCCACAUGUCCAACGUCAUUGUCCGAGCCGAGCAUGAGGUGCUUUUCGCGACCAACUACUGGCAAAACAGCAUCGCCUCGAAGUAUAUCACAAACGCCAUUCGGGAGCUGGACCGUCGGGCUGGUGAAAGGGGCACCAAGAUCGUGCUCAAAGUCCUUUACGACCGCGGUAGCCCCAGGCAGCUGUAUGAACCACACUACAUCGUGUCCGAGAAGGAGUUCACUAGCAACAGGGUCAACCUGCCGCACCCCAGCGAGAUACCGAACAUUGAUAUGCAGGUUAUGAACUUCCACACUCCGGUGUUGGGCACCUUUCACGCCAAGUACAUGGUGGUCGACCGGAAGAUAGCGCUGCUGCAGAGCAACAACAUCCAGGACAACGACAACUUGGAGAUGCUCAUCCACCUGGAGGGACCAAUUGUGGAUUCCAUGUACGACAUGGCGCUGAUCUCCUGGCACAAGAAGUUGGAGCCGCCCCUGCCCAGCCACAACACUCCGGCUGCGGAAGGCGGCUUCGGAAUCUCGCCCAAUUUGACUACCGACGCAGCCAGCACGGAGCCCGCCGUGGAGAGUGUUCCGGCGGAGAAGGGCGCCGAUACUCGACGAGCUGAUCUAAUGGCAGGGCCCGCAACAACACUCGCACUGCAUACAGCAGACGACCCACACUAUGACGACGACAUCGCAGGAGAAGUGGCCCGCAGCCAGGCCUCUCUCGCUGCCACGGCAGACAGGACACAUAUCCAGGCGGUCACGGCGCUUCUCAACCACACUGUCAAUGGAGGACUCACAGGAGACCCCAACGCGCCAGAGUGCCCUCCGGGAGAGCCUAUGACGCCCUACAUUACCCAUCGAAGCCACGCCCUCUAUCCGAUGGCGCUCGUCAACCGCGCCCCUUACGGCAGGCCAACCCACAACUCCAUAUCAACGCCCCAAAACGCCGCCUGGCUGUCCGCCCUCCGCAGCGCCCAAGAAAGCGUCUACAUCAUCUCGCCAACCCUCAACGCUGGCCCGCUCAUCCCUGCCAUCAUCGAGGCCUGCGAACGGGGCGUGAACGUGCACUGCUACAUCUGCCUCAGCUACAACGACGCAGGCGAACUCCUCCCCUUCCAAGGCGGCCACAACGAAGGGGUAGCCGCACACCUGCACGCUGCCCUCUCCCCCGCCGGACGCCAGCAUCUGCACUACAAAUGGUAUGUCGCCAAGGACCAGACCCGCCCCAUCACGCAGGCCCGCCGCCAGCGCAGCAGCCACGUCAAGCUGAUGGUCGUCGACGGGGCGGUCGGCAUCCAGGGCAACGGCAACCAGGACACCCAAAGCUGGUUCCACAGCCAGGAGGUCAAUCUCAUGGUGGACAGCCGCGAGAUAUGCGGCGAGUGGCUGGCGGCGCUGCGGCGGAAUCAGAAUACCGAGUUUUUCGGGGCCGUCGAUCGGGAGGACGGCGUGUGGAGGGACGAGGCCGGGCAGGAGGUUGAUGGUGCGAUGGGGGUUAAUGCGGGCAGGUUUGCUUGGCUGAGGGGGGUUAAGGGGGCCGUGGAAAGGGUUAGGGGGACUGGUGGGUUCUAGACUUCUAGGACACUGCAGGGCAGGAGGGAUGGAAGGAGACUCGAGGCUUCUUGUAUGGGGUUUUUUGCGGACACUUCUGGUCUUUCUCUAUAUAUCAUCGUUUUGCUGUGUAUCGCUUUACAGUACGCUUAUUAACCGCUUUGGCAACUAUUCUUGCCAUAAUUCAGGCGUGUACGGUG